AUGUUACUAGCAACGAAGUUGGAGACAAUAAUGUUAAGAAAAAUAUUACUUUUUAUAUGUUUUAUAACUUUUUCAUUACGCAUUAAUUCACAGUAUUGUGAGAAGAAAGAAAAUUGUGAUAUUGAUAAGUCGAAUUAUGACGAAGCGACAAAUCUUAUAACGUUAAACAUAAAGGAUGCUGUGAAAUCAUAUAUACCUUGUAAAAGUGAAAAUUGCUCAUGUCAUGUCAAUGUUCUUAAAAGGGACUUCGAGCCUUUCAAGACUGGUAUCACAAAAGAUAUGAUCAAAUCUCUCAGAUCUCAUGGAAUAAUCUAUCAAAUAAUUAAUAACAAAAUAUACCGACAAAAAGACUGCAAUUUUCCAUCAAGAUGUUCUGGUGUCGAACAUUUCAUAAAGAAAGUUUUGAAAAAAGUUAAAUUGCCGAACAUGGACUUGAUAAUAAAUGUUCGCGAUUAUCCUCAAGUUUAUCCUCAUCAUGGACCAAUAGGACCUGUUUUAUCAUUCAGUAAAACGAAAGAUUAUCAAGAUAUAAUGUAUCCUGCAUGGAGUUUUUAUGAAGGUGGACCUGCAAUAAAAUUAUACCCGACUGGACUUGGUCGAUUUGAUUUACUUCGAGAAUCUUUAAAAAGCGAGGCAGAAAAAAUUCCUUGGAAUAAAAAGAAAUCCAAAGCUUUUUUCAGAGGAUCACGAACAUCAGAUGAACGUGAUGCUUUAGUGUUACUAUCAAGAUCGAAUCCAGAACUUGUUGAUGCACAAUAUACAAAAAAUCAGGCAUGGAAAUCGCCAGCUGACACACUCAACGCUGAACCCGCAGAAGAAGUUUCCCUUGAAGAUCAUUGCAAAUACAAAUUUCUUUUUAAUUAUCGCGGAGUUGCUGCAAGUUUUCGAUUCAAACAUUUAUUUCUAUGCAAAUCUUUGGUUUUUCAUGUUGGUGAUGAGUGGCAAGAAUUCUUCUAUGAUUCGCUUAAACCUUGGGUUCAUUACAUCCCAGUAAAUAGCAAAAGUAAACCAGAAGAUCUCAAAAUUCUCAUAAAUUAUUUCAAACAUCAUCAAGAUGAAGCUCAAGAAAUAGCCGAACGAGGCUUUGAAAUGAUAUGGAAAAAUCUCAAACUUGAAGAUGUUGAAUGUUAUUGGCGACGAUUAUUAAGACAGUACGGAAGACUUUUCAAAGAUAAUAUAAAAUUUUGUGAUAUCAAAAUUCGACCUUUUAUGAAGUGUAGCUUCAAUUUGUUCAAAAUGAAGGCAGCAGGCAAACACUCAAUUGCUUCUUAUUAUCCUGAAUUUAGGGAUAAACAAGUGAAAACAGUUUACGAUUGGUUGGAAUGCAGGCGUGCUGUAGAAAAUGCGGAAGGCUUGUGGAGAAUUCAUGAUAAGCUUUACGAUCUUACUGAUUUUAUGGAUCGUCAUCCUGGUGGAAAAGAAUGGCUUGAAAUUACGAAAGGCAAUGACAUCACCGAGCUUUUUGAACUUCAUCACAUUCAAUUGACAGCUGAGAAGAUGUUACCAAAGUUUUAUGUUCGUGAUGCUGCUCAGCCAAGAAGUUAUAAACUAACUUUUAAAGAAGAUGGAUUCUUUAGAACUUUGAAGCGAAGAGUCCGUGAUUUCAAACUUGAUCAUGGGCCGGAAAAGCGAUCGAAAAUUUAUUCAGAUUUGAUUAUGUUUGGAAUUUUUGCUGCUUCUAUUUGUUCGGUUUGGAUGAAAAGCACAUUUUUGAUGGUCUUCACAGGUUUGCUUUUUGCCUGGGGAUUUUUCAUUGGCCACAAUUUCUUGCAUCAACGAAAUAAUUGGAGGAAAAUUAUGAUAAACUUUUCCUUGAUGAGCUUCAGAGAAAUAAGAAUUUCUCAUAUUUUCUCCCACCACAUUUACACAAAUUCGUUUAAUGAUUUGGAAGUAACUUUACCUGAACCAGCAGUCAGUUGGUUUCCUGUAAAGGAAAAAUCGUGGAUGCAACGUUAUGGUUCUUGGAUCUACUCUUGGCUCGUAUUCGGAAUAUUUCCACAAGUUUUAUUAAUUCAACGAUUGGUGUUACAUUUUACAACUCCUGUCAAGUCCUUCUUUAUGGAAGAUUUAAUUCCUUUCUCAGUACCAUUAGCAAUGUACAUUUUUGGAAGGAAUGAAUUGUUUGAAGUGUUAAAGUGUUGGAAUCUUAUUUUGAUUUUUGGUGGUCUAUGGUUUGGAAUAAUUGGGGUCACUGUUGGUCAUCAUUCCCCUCAAAUAGUCCACGAAGGUGAUGAGAUUCACAAGAGUAUGGAUUUCGGAAUUUACCAACUUGACACUGUUGUCGAUAGGAAAGAUGUAAAAGUUUCUCAGUUCCUUGUUUUGACACAUCUAGGUGAGCAUACUUUACAUCAUUUCUUUCCAACAUUGGACCACGGAAUUCUUCCACAACUAAAUGACGUUUUUAUGAAGACAUGCAAAGAAUUCGACACUGAAUUGAGAGAAUUUUCUUGGUACAAACUUCUCAUUGGACAUCAUAAUCAACUCGCUCGAAAUGAAACAUUUUCAUAUGAAGAAAGAAAAAAACUUUUGUGAAAAAUUUAAUUUUUAACCACACCGAAGAAUUUUUUUAUUAAGUUUAAUUGUUAACGAAACGAAUGAGGGAAUAAAUUUCAAUUUAAUGCUUUUUUGGGAAACCUGUUUUGACAUCGUUUCUCUUUUCCAUCCACUUGUCGAACUUUUCUAUAUAUUCUUGUGACAUUUCAUCUUUGUAUCCGCCAGCUUUCCCUCGUCUUAUAAAUUUGUCAGUGUCU